UUGUCAUUGGUACAGUACAAAAAAAGCUUGUUUGUUUAUUAAUUUCACAGCCAUUCUAAGGCUCUGUUUUAUAAAUUUUCACUUAAUUGCAUACAAUAUGCCGAAAGAUUCAAAGAGAAAUCUACACAAGAAAGAUGAGCAAGAACCUAAAGAUCAAAGAAAAUCUAAACAAACCAGAUCCAAACAACAUACAAAUGAAGAAAGCCAACAUACAAAACAAAAUGUUGAUAGAACCCCAUUGAGAGAUCCUGAUAGUGCAGCGGCACCUGUAAAAAAUAUAUCAAAUAUGGAAAGUAAUGAUGUGCUGGCAAUAUCAGAAGGUUCCAAUUCAAAAUAUAAUAAAAAAGAAAUUAAAAGCAAUUGGGAUAAAUAUGAGAUUCCAAUAGAAACUUACGAUGAGAUUGAGGAACAGGAGCAAAUGGGGGCUGAUUAUGAGAAAUUAGUUCAGGCACCAAUGUCUGCCGGGGGACAUUUUCAAUUUAAACAUGAGAAGUCCUGGGACAGCUCUACAACACCAUCUGAAUUUGACAAGUAUUUCCACAUAGAUAUGGAUAAUUUAGCCAUAGCUCUAUGCAGUAUACCAUUCCAUGAAAGAAAUGGGUUAGAUAUAUCACUUUUCACUGAUGCUGAUGUGAACACAAUGCAACAACGGGCAACUAAAUACAAAAGGAAAUAUUACAAUGAUGUGAAGUUCACUACUCCUGAAAUGGAUGCAUCAGAGAAGAUAUUAAGCUCCUUGAAGGCAGAUUUUAUAAAGGAUAACAUGACAAAAAAGGGCCAUAACAUAGAAACUGAAAAUAAAAUGAAUGUUAUAAUCUCUGACCAAAAUAAUGAUGGUAAAAUGGAUAAGAAAUCAAAUCAAGAUGGUGCUGAUAAAAUAUUAGGAGCAAUGCAAUCUACGACUGUAACUCCACAAGAGGGAGCAGAAAACACUGCAGGCUUGCAAACUGGAAAAGUGGCUGACAAUCCAGUGCAGGAGGCAAGCAGACCAGUAGUAGAAUCACCUGAAGAUCUUGAAAAGUGGCUUGAUGACUUCUUGGACAGCUAGUUUAAGUAUUUCAAAAUAAUAUAGGUACUUACAUAACUUAUAGCUAUACAAUACAUACUUACCAUCUUAAA